AUGAGAGAGAGUAGCCAUAGACCUCUCAUAUUUGGAACCCCUUUCCUGUCUACUGUGGGUGCCAUAUUUGAUUUCCCCAAUCAAAGAAUCUCUUUCAACAAGGUGAACAAGGGUAUGUUCUUCCCUAUGUGUUCAACAAAGAACUCUUUUGUUGACAUGGUCCAAGAGGAGAAAGUUACUUUGAAGCCACCCCAAGAAGGAGAAACUGAAGAAACAAUCAAGGAAGAUCCCAUUCCUAAGCCCAAGCAGCUUGCCAAACAAGCAAGGAGUAAGACUAAGGCCCCUACACCAAAACCGCCCAAGGGAUCAACCAAGAUUGAAGAUGAGGCCAAGCCAAGAAGAAGGUUAGAAAGCCUAGGCAGUAGUGCCAAGGGACAUUCAUGGAGAGAUUGUCUAUCCAGCUGUGAAUCACCCACCAGAUACUCAUUGCAAGGAGAAAAGACUUGGAGGAUCAAAGAUGCCUCUUGUCUCCAUCUUCUCCUGAGCGCCAAGCCUUACAGUCAAGCUAAAGACUUAAAACAAGCGCUGCAUGGGAGGCAACCCAUGAGGAUAGAAGGAGAAAAAGGUGUGAAAACACAAUCCGCGCCAAAACAUUGGCCGCGGACGCGCAAAAAUGAUUUUGGCCGAGCAAUUUCCAAUGGCCGACCGUCGGUCGAGCCGGGAAGGAACGGCUGCUCGGCCGGAUUUCUAUCGCGCGACAAAACCGUUCCACGCGGAACGCACGGGAGAGAAGAACAGGCCGCGAUCGGCCGAUUUUGUAUCGGAACGGACCGACCGUGCCGGUCGAUCCGGGAAACAAACGAUCGGCCUCGGCCGAAAUUCUCGCCAACGCGAAUUUGGCCGACCAAAUCUCAUCGGCCAUCGGCCCAAAACUUUUCUCGGCCAAGGUACCCAAUGGCAAAGACAAAAGGAAAUGAGAGUAUGAAGAAGAAGAAGAACCCAUUCAUGGAACCACCAAAGAAACAAAUCAAGCUAGGGAGUAGUAGCUCCAAUGCAAGAGCAGCAAUACCAACUUCACCACAUUCCAUUGAUGCAAGUCAAGAACAUGUGGAGAGUCCAAGAGGAGAAGAUGAUUGGGCACUUAUGGACACCCAAACCCUUGAUCUUCUCAAGAUAAGAGAUGAUGUCACAUGGUACAUAAGGAAGCUAGGCUUGAGCAAGCUCUUCAAGCUAGAAUGUAGUGAGUACUCACAACUCACCAAGGAGUUCCUCUCCACAGUAGCUCUUGCCUUUCCCAACCACAAUGGAGACCAACCAGCUGGUGAUGGACUCCUACUCUUCAAGAUAGGCGAUGCCAAUGGGCGCAUCUCCAUCUCAGCUCUAUGCCAACUCUUUGGACUUCCCAAUGAGACAGCACAUGACUUCAAGGAGAACUCAAAGAGGAAACAAGCUGCCUUUGCUGAUUGGACACACUUUGCCAAUGAACCAUUCUUGCCUUCAAGGUCAAAGGUGUCUAGAAUCACUCAUCCAGCCAUUCGCUAUGUGCACCGCCUCAUCUCCACCACUUUCCAAUGCAAACAAGAAGCCAACAAGGUCACAACUGAUGAGUUCUACAUCCUCACCACACCAUUCAUCAAGCAUGAGUACAAGGCCAACCUUGGACUUUUACUUGCCAAGACAUUCAUCAAUGUGAGGAAGCUAGCUCAAGACUUGGAAGGCAACAAGAAGCUUUGUGUUCGUUUUGGGAGGCUUAUCACGGCCAUAGUACAACAUGUGGGGAUUGACAUUCCCAACUAUGAGCCACUACCCAAGCCAACCCCUUUGGAUCUCCAUGCUCUUCAGCACAUCCACUUCCUAAACCGUUGGACUAAAGACCCAACUCGGUUUUGCUAUGAGUUUCCAAUUGGUCCAGCCAACACUUCCCUUGUCUUGCUGCCACAUGAAGACAUCCCAAGCCUACGCUCAGGUGUUGUCACUUUCCAGCCCAAUGAGGAAGACUUCUAUGUUCCAUCAAGUGAGAAACCAUCAUUCCCCAUGCUCACCUAUCGCACACUUCAGCAUGCAGUCAAGACUCAACGCCGCCACCAAGAACGCCAUGUUCUCACUACUGGCAUGGCCGCACCAAGCUCUAGACCGUGUUAA